AUGCCAGAGCUAACAGACUUCAACGAGGACGGAAUCUGGACAGACUUCGACGGAGAGCCUUCGUACCCGAAUUUCUGGUGUUCGGGUGAGCCUUACCCGGCAACGGACCUCUGCGCCUACAUCAGGUCGACAGGCUGCCUGGCCAACCGCCCUUGCUACAUCUCCACCACGACCUUGUGCGAGAGAGAGAGAGAGCUUGAGGGAGAGAGAGAGAGCGUGAGAGAGAGCGAGAGAGUGAGCGUGAGAGAGAGUGAGCGUGAGAGAGAGAGACAGAGCGUGAGAGAGAGAAGAGAGCGAGAGAGAGAGAGAGAGAGUAGGAGAGAGAGAGAGAAAGAGCGAGAAAGACUGAGGAAGACAGAGGAAGACAGAGAAAGAGAGAGAAAAGGAGAGAGAAAGAGACAGAGAAAGAGAUAG